AUGGAUAGCGUUCUUCGUCAGUCCAGGGCCAUGUGCCCCUUCCUCAAGGCGGCCUCUCCCGCGACCCUCCGCGCCAUGUCGACGACGGCCCGCCCCAAGCCCGCGUCGCCCUGCGGCGGCACCAUGUCCAAGCUGCAGGUCUACGCCCAUCGGUGCCCCGUGAUGGGCAAGGCCCUCGCCGUGCAGUCGUCCAAGUACGCUGCGCUCUCCGGCAUCCGCGCCUUUUCCGGCAACGGCAAGCCCGGCCGCGCGAGCAUCCACACCAGCCGCAACCAGGAGGCACGCGCCGUUGAGACGCCCUUCCUCAACGGCCGUGACAAUGCGCCCGCCCCCCCGACCGUGCCGCUCCAGCGCAAGGAAGCCUCGACUGCCGCCGCCGCCGCCGCCGCCUGCCCAAAUCACGGCGCCAAGUUCAACUAUGAUGGCUUCUACACCAACGAACUCGACAAGAAGCACAAGGACAAGUCGUAUCGCUACUUCAACAACAUCAAUCGCCUGGCCAAGGAGUUCCCCCGCGCCCACAUGGUCAACAAGGAGGAAAAGGUGACCGUCUGGUGCGCCAACGACUAUCUCGGCAUGGGCAGCAACAAGGUUGUCCUCGACAAGAUGCACGAGACUCUCGAUGAAUACGGCGCCGGAGCUGGUGGCACACGCAACAUCUCGGGCCACAACAGGCAUGCCGUCGAGCUCGAGGGUACCCUGGCCAAGCUGCACGCCAAGGAGGCCGCUCUUGUCUUUUCGUCUUGCUACGUCGCAAACGACGCUACCCUGGCCACUCUGGGCAGCAAGCUUCCGGAGUGCGUUAUCCUGUCCGACAGUCUGAACCACGCCUCGAUGAUCCAGGGUAUCCGACAUUCCGGCACCAAGAAGGUCGUGUUCAAACACAAUGACGUUGCCGAUCUCGAGGCCAAGCUCGCGUCACUGCCGCUGCACGUGCCCAAGAUUAUUGCCUUUGAAUCCGUCUACAGCAUGUGCGGCUCGAUUGGACCCAUUGAGGCCAUCUGCGAUCUCGCCGACAAGUACGGCGCCAUCACGUUCCUCGACGAGGUUCACGCUGUCGGCAUGUACGGUCCGAGCGGUGCUGGCGUUGCCGAGCACCUCGACUGGGAGGCGCACAAGGAGGGCAUGCCCCGCGGCACCAUCAUGGACCGCAUCGACAUCAUCACCGGCACUCUGGGCAAGGCCUACGGCUGCGUGGGAGGAUACAUUGCCGGCAGCACCAAGCUUGUUGACAUGAUUCGCUCUCUGGCUCCGGGCUUCAUCUUUACGACCUCGCUCCCCCCCGCGACCAUGGCUGGCGCCAAGGCGUCGAUUGAGUAUCAGAUCGAAUACGAUGGCGACCGCAGGCUGCAGCAGCUUCACACGCGCGCCGUCAAGGAGGAGAUGAACGCACGUGACAUUCCCGUCAUGCCAAACCCCUCUCAUAUCAUCCCCAUUCUGGUUGGCAACGCUGAGCUGGCAAAGGCUGCCUCGGAUAUGCUUCUCCAGGACUACCAGAUUUACGUACAGUCCAUCAACUACCCGACGGUCCCCGUUGGCCAGGAACGCCUCCGCAUUACGCCCACGCCCGGACACACCAAGGAGUACCGCGACGAGCUGGUGGCUGCUGUGGACGAGAUCUGGACCCGGCUUGGCAUCAAGAGAACGUCUGAGUGGGCUGUGGAGGGCGGCUUCAUUGGUGUCGGCGAGGAAGGCGCGACCGAAGCGGCGCUGUGGACCGACAAGCAGCUCGGAAUCGAGCAGGCUAGGGAGGAAAUGAUGGCAACUGGACAGGUCAAGAACGGUACAAGCUUCACCGAAGCGCUCCUCGAGCGUGAGUCCGCUGGUGCUCGCGGCGCUGGCGUGGCCGCCGCUUAG